AUGGGUAGAGGUCCAAAGAAGCAUCUUAAGCGUCUCGCAGCUCCAUCUCACUGGAUGUUGGACAAGUUGUCCGGCGUGUACGCUCCACGCCCAUCCCCGGGUCCACACAAGUUGAGAGAAUCCUUGCCUUUGGUUGUUUUCUUGAGAAACAGACUUAAGUACGCCUUGAACGGCCGUGAAGUCAAGGCCAUCUUGAUGCAGAGACACGUUAAGGUUGACGGUAAGGUCAGAACUGACACCACCUACCCAACUGGUUUCAUGGAUGUCAUCUCCUUGGAAGCUACCAACGAGAACUUCAGAUUGGUCUACGACAUCAAGGGUAGAUUCGCCGUCCACAGAAUCACCGCCGAAGAAGCCUCUUACAAAUUGGCCAAGGUCAAGAAGGUCCAAUUGGGUAAGAAGUCCAUCCCAUACGUCGUUACCCACGACGGUAGAACCAUCAGAUACCCAGACCCAGCUAUCAAGGUUAACGACACCGUUAAGAUUGAUCUCGCUACUGGUAAGAUCACCGAUUUCAUCAAGUUCGACACUGGUAAGUUAGUCAUGGUUACCGGUGGUAGAAAUUUGGGGAGAGUUGGUGUCAUCACCCACAGAGAGAAGCACGAAGGUGGUUUCGACUUGGUCCACAUCAAGGACACCUUGGACAACUUGUUCGUCACCAGAUUGACUAACGUCUUCAUCAUUGGUGAAGCCGGUAAGCCAUACGUUUCUUUGCCAAAGGGUAAGGGUAUUAAGUUGUCCAUCUCUGAGGAACGUGACAGAAGAAGAGCCCAAGCUGGUUUAUAAAUUAUAUGAUUAUUUUUGUGUAAUAUAAUUUUUGGUUUUUAGUACGAUUGCCAGCUUAUGUAGCCUUUGCUAAUAUUUUUGUUAGUUGUCCUUGCCUGGCCGUGGUUGCCGAAGUGAAAAGUAAGCCCGAAUGCAUAUACACCG